UUAGCGAAAAAAAAUAACAACGACGAAAUAAAGAAAAAUUUUUGCAACCUUUUUUUUAUCUAUCGAAAAAAUAGAUUUAUAGUGAUUUUUAUACAUAAACACUUUUAACAAAAAUCUUUUAAAAAGACUGCAUUUCAGUUUUAAAUUACCAAGAAAAUGAUAAAUUCCGUGCGAUAUGAACGCAGCAACAGCAGUGAACAAAUGCAAUUCAAUGUGUUGAGUGACAGUGGUGGUCGCAGCAGUGUUGGAGGUGGUGAAUCACCUUUAACUCCUAGCCAAACAUCUACAACACCAGCUCAUAGUGUGACAGAAGAACCCAUGGGUAUAGGAAAUAUCCUGUGCACCCAUGAUGGUGUCUUGUUGAAAAAGGCCAGCGCCGAGCAUAUAGCUGAUUUGAAUACCAGCGGCUCUUUGUCGUUGGUGGAAUAUGGUCCUUCUAAACGUUUGUAUAUUGAGUGGAAACCGAAUGAAAAUAUUUUGAUAGCAGACGACAGUCAGGAUCAAGGAGACUGGGCCUUGGUGGAUACCAUUUCGCAACGCAAUCGCACUGUAUCGGAGUGUAAGGUUUUUAAUACAAAACCCAUGGAAACCUCUACUGGAUCUAUAAAAGUUCGCGUGAUACGUACGUUUUUGGAUGAUUUGUCGGGUAUUGAGGUGAAACAACGACGCCAGACCAUCAAGUUUAUACGCAAAUUGGAUGGCACACUACACACCGAAUUCUUUUUCCAACAUGGCAAUGCUGAUCUGUUUUUAAGCAGCCUAAAGAAAUUACACGUCAUCGAUAUGGCUCCCUCGGCUCGAGCAGGAGAGGAAUAUGUCAUCUUAACCACCGAGACCCAAAAGCUUAAGAAAACUUUUGCCGAACUGGAUAUAGGUGAAAUUAAGGCCAGUUCUUUGAAUGAGGGUUGGCUACCCAAUAAAGUUGUAGGCUUACUGGCUAGCCUGCCAGAUUACAUGGCCCAUAAAGUGCCACCCAAAACUAGACCUGGCACCUUGGAAGCCAAAGACCGCCAAAAAUCUUCACCACCUUCAGACAACUAUCAACUUGUGGGCAUAAGCUGCAGUACCAAUACCUCAGACUCACGCAGUCGUGCCAGCAGCCUGGACAAGUCACCCGAAAUGGACUCAAGCGAAUUGGAAAAUGUUAAGGAAAUCGAUGAGAAAAUUAUACCACCCCUACCCGAACGCAAGCCAGUGCUAAGAGGUUUUCCCCUUAACGAAAAUCAAUGGUUGGAAUUUCAAACACCUGAUGGUCGUAUUUCAGAUCCUAGCCGCAUUUUAGAAAUCAUCUUCAAAGGUGGCAUUGAGCACAAACUACGCGCCGAGGUGUGGAAAUAUUUACUAAACUACUAUCAGUGGAACGACAGCGAGGUGGAGCGUAUUGCAAGAAGGAAACAAAAAUCCAUGGAAUACUACAGUAUGAAGGCUCAAUGGUUGUCUAUGACGACAAUUCAAGAGGCCAACUUUUCCGGCUAUCGUGAUCGCAAGUGUCAGAUUGAGAAGGAUGUCAAGAGGACUGAUCGUUCAUUGGACUAUUUUGCCGGCGAAGAUAAUCCAAAUUUAUUAACAUUGCAGGGCAUAUUGAUGACCUAUGUCAUGUAUAAUUUCGAUUUGGGUUAUGUGCAGGGCAUGUCGGAUUUGUUGGCGCCCAUUUUGGCAAUAUUGGAAAAUGAAGUCGAUGCCUUUUGGUGUUUUGUUGGUUUUAUGGACAUGGUAUUCGCCAACUUCGAUAUCGAUCAAGCCGGCAUGAAAACACAAUUCAAUCAAUUGCGCCAUCUUUUAGAAUUCGCCAAUCCACGACUCUUUAAAUACAUGAUUACCCAUGACUCCGAUAAUAUGUAUUUCUGUUUCCGUUGGCUUUUAGUUUGGUAUAAGCGUGAAUUUGCCAACGAUGACAUUUUAAAAUUAUGGGAAUGCCUAUGGACCAAAUUACCCUGUCCCAAUUUUCAUAUUCUCAUAUCGGUGGCAAUAUUGGAUCAACAAACGGACAUCAUUAUAGAAAGUCAAUAUGAGUUUACGGAAAUUCUAAAGCAUGUCAAUGAACUAUCGGGUAAUAUUGAUGUGAAACGUACCCUGGAAAUAGCGGAGGCCAUAUACCAUCAAAUAAAAGAGGCUGAACAUUUACCCAAUGACAUAAGACUAAUAAUAGGAGAACCUCUGCUAGAUACAGACGAUCGUGAGGAUGAUAAUAAUUCACCCGAUCAGUUUGAUGAUGAUUUUGAUGAGUUGGUUAGAGAGCCGACUCCGGAGGAGAAGAAACGUAAUCAAGAGUGGUUAGAGGAAGCCUGUGAACGUUCCAUGUUUUUGCAAUAUUUGUAAUAAUUCCCAUAUUUCUAUAACAAUCGUACAGAAUAUAAUGCAAAUUCAAAGUAGCACACAAUAAUAACUAGAAUUUUUUUUAAUUUUUGUAUAAUUUAGUCUUGUAUUUUUAAGUUGAUUUAUGAGUUUUUAUUUUUCUUUCAUUUUUAUUAUAUUUUCCAUUUUCAUAUUUAAGGCAGGUUAAAGCAGAUAAAUAUUAUUAAAUCUUAAAGCAAGAGAAAAACGCCUCAAUUAAUGGCCUCAACAACUAUUGUUAUAAAAUAUUAAAAAUUUAAAUAUAAAACCUAUACGAUAAUAAAUAUUAAACUUUAUUCAUUAUAACCAAUAUCUUUAUGUAAUUGCCGUAAAACAAAUAUCAAUUAUUUUAUAAUGCAAAUAUACAAUUAACAACAAAAUUAUGAUUAAUGUUUAAAACGAAAUAUAUACACACACAUGCAUACACACAAA